AUGGCUGAAGAAAUUGAAGAUUUUGCUCAUGAAUAUGACUUUGAUUCAAAAACGCCGGGAAAUGGAUACCGAAGUUUUAUUUACACCUACACAUGUGUCCUAAAUUGCACUAAAAAAAUGAUGAAAAGAAUUUCUGAUAGCAAAAGUAAAUUUUUCGCCGAUAAGGAAGAAGAUUCAAAGGAAGUCUAUGUUUGUAGUCAAAUGAUUCAAAGUUUAUUCCAUAUUGCCAUGGGCUUAAAGGAGAUGCACCAAGCAGCUGAGAAGGGAUUUCUCUACGGUCGCAGCUGUCACCACGACAACAUCAUCACGCGAUCAGCAAGAUUUAUCAAUCACGAAUGUUUCCUUGGUCGUUCUAUUGGCUUUCAGUAUCUUGAUUCAAUAAAAUUCCCAGUGAAAGUGCUUGCGUGCAUGAUUGCAUGUCAUUCAGUAUAUUACUUCACAAAAGAAAAACACCCAAUGAAAGUAAUUCAGUCACUAAAUAGGUGUAAAUAUUACAUGUCAAACCCCGAUGCCUGUGCUCGAAGAUUAUUUGAGGUCAAUAAACAUGCUGAAAUUAACUUUUUGGUGAGUUUUCUGAAUUUUAGUAGCUGCUGGCCAAUGAAAUGUUUGAUUGAUAUUAUGGGAGCUCAUUUAUCGAUCAACAGAGAGUUCACUAUCCCAACAAAUGAACUUGAAAUCUACAGUGAAAAGCUUCAAAAGAAAGUCUCGAUUCCAAUUCCAUCAAGUCACGCUGCUGUUUCUCCAAUUUUAUGUCGUCUUUUAAGCGCAAAAAAGCGACAUGGAAUGGUCACUGAUAAUGGCGAAUUGCGUGGGUGGAAAUACGAGUGCCAAUCAAAAUAUUUGAUCUUCCAUGUACAUGGUGGUGGAUGGAUCUCCCAAAGCUCAAAAACACAUGAAGUUUAUCUCCGAGAAUGGGCAAUAAAAUUGGAUGUUCCAAUCUUAUCAAUUGAUUAUACGUUAGCUCAAGUUGCUCCUUUUCCUCGUGCGAUUGAAGAAAUCGUAUAUGCGUACUGUUGGACAUUAAAAAAUUCACGAAAACUUGGAUCAACUGGAGAAAACAUUGUGUUUGUUGGCGAUUCAGCUGGCGCUAAUUUACUAACCGCUUGUCUUAUUAGAUGUAUUGAAAUGGGAGUUCCUACACCAAAAGGAAUGUUUAAUGCAUACAGCAUUUAUUUGAUUAAUCUUGUCGAAACACCAGCAAGGUUUAUGGGAUUCACUGAUGCCUUUCUUCCUUUUGGACUAACUUUAAAAAUUUUCAACUUAUAUGGCAAUGCAAGAAAAUUAAAUGGUCCAAAUUGUUGUGGAGAAAAUUUAUCACCACUACAUUACUGUACGAAGGAAGAAUAUUUUGAUGCAAAUCUAAUGUUUGAAAUACCAAGAGAUUAUUUGCUUUCACCCUAUUGGGCGCCCGACGAAAUUCUCGCUCAAUUUCCACCAACAAAAAUUUUGUCAAUGAUUACAGAUCCAUGUAUUGACGACUGUGUGGAUUUCGCAAAGAAGCUGAGGGGUUUGAAAGUUAACGUACAAAUUGAUAUUCUAGGACCUCUAAUCCAUGGAUUUUUAAAUUUUGUCAAUUUUUCGGAAGAUUGUCACGAAGCUUCACUAAAAUGCAUGCAACACGUCGCGGAACUUCUUGGAUUAAACGUAAAAGAUACAAUUGACACAAAAAAAUAA